CAAGAUAAAUGUGAGAGCUGUCAUAGGGAGAGCUGCAAUAUUAUUAUGCAAGAAACUGCUAAGUCUACAGAUCCUGGUUCCCCACUAAUAAGCCUGCUCACAUGAGACAAAGGGGUUCCUGAAUCAAGAGCUCAUUUUCAUGUAGAAGACCUUGCCAGGACCUCACUCCAGGGCUUUGGAGCAGAGGCAGAAAAGACACAGAAUAGAACAUAUCUCAGCCUUGCUAAUUCAGCUCACACAGACAACAGACAAUGACCAUGUUACAGGAAUCAUUCUCAUUUGAAGAUUUAUCUGUGGACUUCACCCAAAAGGAAUGGCAGCUACUGGAUCCUUAUCAGAAGAAUUUAUACAAGGAUGUAAUGUUGGAGAACUAUAGUAGCCUAGUGUCACUGGGAUACAAAGUUAUGAAACCAGAUGUCAUCUUUAAGUUGGAGCAAGGAGAAGAGCCAUGGAUAGGAGAUAGAGAGAUCCCACAUUCAUGCUCUCUAGAGGAAGCCUGGCAAGUAGAUGGUCACAUGAUGUGGCACCGGGAUAACCAAGACAAGCUUAAAAAUAUGAAAAGAGGUGUUGAAUGUGACACAUUUGGAAAAAAAUUCAAUCUAAGUUUGAACUUUGUUCCUUUAAGGAAAUCAAACAACACAGGUGACUUAAAUGCAUUGUUUUUAAAACAUCAUUUAGAUUUGUUUAUUCCAAAAUCAGACUGUGGAAAAACAGAAUCAGAUGGCUUCGAUAUAUUUGACAAAUUAUUUCUCCAUUCCAAACCUGAGGAAACUGAUACUUGGUUAAAAUACUACGAAUGUGAUAAAUACGAUAAAGACCCCUAUAAAAAGUCACAGAUUAUCAUAUAUCACAGAACUCGUUUAGGGGAGAAACUCUUUGAAUGCAGUGAAUGUAGAAAACGCUUCAGUAUGAAAUCAAGUCUCAUUAAACAUCAGAGCAGACAUAUAAGGGAAAUAGCCUAUGGCUGUGGUAAAUGUGGCAAAACCUUUCCUCAGAAGUCACAGUUUAUUACCCAUCAUAGAACUCAUACAGGAGAGAAACCUUAUAAUUGUAGCCAGUGUGGGAAAGCCUUCUCCCAGAAAUCACAGCUCACAUCUCAUCAGAGAACACAUACUGGAGAGAAACCAUAUGAAUGUGGUGAAUGUGGGAAAGCUUUCUCCCGGAAGUCACAUCUCAUAUCACAUUGGAGGACUCACACAGGAGAAAAGCCCUAUGGAUGCAAUGAGUGUGGGAGGGCCUUUAGUGAAAAGUCAAAUCUCAUUAAUCAUCAGAGAAUUCAUACAGGUGAGAAGCCUUUUGAAUGCAGAGAUUGUGGGAAAGCCUUCAGCAGGAAGUCACAGCUUGUUACACAUCACAGAACUCACACAGGAACAAAACCCUAUGGAUGUAAUGAUUGUAGAAAAGCCUUCUUUGAGAAGUCAGAGCUCAUUAGACAUCAGACAAUUCAUACUGGAGAGAAACCCUAUGAGUGCAGUGAAUGUAGGAAGGCAUUUAGAGAAAGGUCUAGUCUCAUUAAUCAUCAGAGAACCCAUACAGGAGAGAAGCCUCAUGGAUGCAUUCAAUGUGGGAAAGCUUUCUCUCAGAAAUCACAUCUCAUAUCACAUCAGAUGACACACACAGGAGAAAAACCUUUUGUAUGCAGUAAAUGUGGGAAAGCCUUCAGCAGAAAAUCUCAGCUUGUUAGACAUCAGAGAACUCAUACAGGAGAAAAACCCUACAAAUGCAGUGAAUGUGGGAAAGCUUUUAGUGAAAAAUUAAGUCUGACUAAUCAUCAGAGAAUUCAUACAGGAGAAAAACCCUAUGUAUGCAGUGAUUGUGGGAAAGCCUUUUGUCAGAAGUCACAUCUCAUAUCACAUCAGAGGACGCAUACAGGAGAGAAACCAUAUGAAUGCACUGAAUGUGGGAAGGCCUUUGGUGAAAAAUCAAGUCUUGCGACUCAUCAGAGAACUCAUACAGGAGAAAAGCCCUAUGAAUGUAGGGAAUGUGAAAAAGCCUUCUCCCAGAAGUCACAGCUAAAUACACACCAGAGAAUUCACACAGGGGAGAAACCAUAUGAAUGCAGUCUUUGUAGGAAAGCUUUCUUUGAGAAGUCAGAGCUUAUUAGACAUCAGAGAACUCAUACAGGUGAAAAACCUUAUGAAUGCAGUGAAUGUAGAAAAGCCUUUAGAGAGAAAUCAAGUCUCAUUAAUCAUCAGAGAAUACAUACAGGAGAGAAGCCCUUUGAAUGCAGUGAGUGUGGCAAAGCCUUCUCUCGGAAGUCACACCUCAUACCACAUCAGAGGACACAUACGGGUGAGAAACCCUAUGGCUGCAGUGUAUGCAAGAAGGCCUUCUCUCAGAAGUCACAACUUGUUAAUCAUCAGAGAAUACAUACAGGAGAAAAGCCUUAUCAAUGCAAUGAAUGUGGGAAAGCCUUCUCACAGAAGUCACAGCUCAUUAAUCAUCAGAGAACUCAUACAGUUAAGAAAUCCUAGGAAUGCAAUUAAUAUGUGUCUGACAUAAUGUCAUUGUACUUCAGAAAAAGCUGUUAAGUUUUUUAGAUAAUUCAUCAUAUAUCAGAGGACUCCUUUUCAGGGGGGAAGUCUAUGAGAUUAUGUUGAGGAAACUUAAGAGAAAUGAACAUGCUUAUAUGUCAGAAUUCAUACUGUAGAAUCAAAGUAUGAAUUUAGUGAGUCUCAAAACCUUUUGAAACCAUAAUCAAGCCUUAUACAGUAUAAAAUUCACAGCAAAUAGGCCUUCUGUGAAUACUUCAAAUACCAGAAACCCAUCCUUAGGUCAAAUCUCAUAAAUUAUUAGGAAUUUCCCCACUGGUGAUGAGAAAAAGCCCCAUGAAUGUACCAAGUGAGGCAAUGUUUUUUAUUAAGAAAUCACAGUUCAUUGUACUUAAGAAAAUACCCUUAGGAAGUAAAUUCUAUGUAACUACUAAAUACAGGAUAAGUAAUCUUAAGUAUAUUGUAUUUUGGGGAAUUCAUAUUGUAGGUAAACCUAACACUUGAAGACAUUGGGAACAUGUGCCCCUUGAAAUAAUGCUAUGAAGAGGAAAACCAUACUCAUUUGUAGGCAGGGGUACCAAAAAUAUGCAGUUCUAUGUGUUACCAGAUGUUCACUCUGACAUAUGAAGUUUUAAAAA